AUGAAGACUGUGAUCAUUGCUUUUCUGGUGGCUCUGGUUAUCAGCCAUGGUGAGUUCAAGUACCAAAAAUCCUGCAAACUCUUUAACAAACAUAAAAUGAAAUCCUUCUCUGAACCAAAAGAGUAGAUUAUAAUUUUUAUAUUGAUCAUUUUCUUUGUAUUUUGACAAUUCUGAGUGCAUUUUAUGGCUAUUGAGUGAUAGACUGCAUGUUUGAAUACAUGUUUGAUUUUUUUUCUUAUUUUCUCAGGCGAGUCCCUGAGGUGUAAGUGUGGAGGUACAGCACGAGACUGUCCUGAUGUCAUCGAGACUUGCCAACCUUCACAUGUUUUCUGUGGCAAUAUAGUCCUUGCUGGUGUCCGUAAGUAAAGUGUGUUACUUCAAUGUACUGGAUGGCUGUAAAAUAGAAGUUCAAAAUUCAGUCAGUCAUUUCUCUGAUUAAAAAACUCACACAAGUCGGCUGAUAAUCCAUCUUUUUUUGUUUUGUUUUUUGCAGCGGGCCUCUACUUCCAGGGCUGCAUGGAACCAGUGGAGUGCAGAGGGCUGAAUAAUCCUUUCAUAAAGGCCACUUGCUGCACCCGUGAUUUGUGCAAUGCAUACUAUGAUUCAUUUCUUAGUGAAGUCUGAAUGAUUUUCUCCCUUGUUUUGUGUACUGUAGCAUUGUCUAAAUAAAGUUCAGUCGCUUGCAACUUUUCUCUUCUCUGUGUACAUAUUUGUUAUUUCUUUCCAGAACAAAAUAAAUCAUAAAGUAAUUGGUUUUUCAGGUAUAAAAACAUCGGGUAAAAGUCAAGUUUUAUUGAGAAACAUACAGAUCAAAUAUUAAGCAUGGUUACAAUGCCAUUUUUCAGGCCAUUUCUCCAACACUUACAGAUGUUCCAUGUGUGCUCUCAGCCUCUUGAACUAAAUUUUAAAUGAUAGGUUUCUUUCAGUUUCACACACAGAAAAAAUACUACUUGUAUGGCCUUUUCUUUGAAUUUUCUAUUUCUUUAUGUUACUGCGCCAUCUUGUGGCACUGAGAAAAGCUGUAAAAUUGCACUCGGCUUGUAUUUCAUUGUUACUUUUUUAAUGUUGCUGUUUGGUUGCUGAAGUUUUAACACAGGAAUAUCAGUUUGAUACAAGAUGUGAGUGGUUCAGGUGUCUGUGAUUAGGCUUAUAUGACUUUUUCCAGCGAAAUUACCUUUUUUUUUGUUAUGUCAAGAAAACUUUAGACCAUCAUAUUAAUAAAUAGUUGUAAUGUUAACUAUAAUAUCACAACUGUUACAAUUCAGACUCCUUUUCUUAGUUUCUGAUCUUACAUAUUUAGUCUUAUAUUUCUUUUAUUCCUAUAAAAUUACAUCUUUGUUUUCUAACAUAUGGCUGCAUUCUCUUCAUAUAACAUCAUUAUUCUUGUGAGACUUGAACUGUUUUUCUCCUGUAUCUGUAACUCUUUAUUUCUAAUAUAAUCAGAAAAACAAGUUCACUCUGUGUUCCUGAAUGAACAAGUUAAUACUCUUAUAAAGGGGUAACUUUCUGUCAAUAUAAACCUCUGUCCUGUUUUUCUAAGUUAAUGUGAUAAUUAUCUUCUUGAUUUAGAAAAUAAGAAACAUUUUAAUUAAUAAUUUAUUCCUUUCAGUUCCUAAAUUAUGAUCUCAUUAUGUUAGAAAAAACUGCAGUUUUUUUUUUAAUUUACAAAAAUGUAACCUUGCAGUUUUAAGAUAGCUUAAUUAUAUUGUUAGAGUAGAUAUUUUACCUAUGAUUCAUGAUAUAUUUAUUUCGUCAAUUUAGGGAAACAGAGCUUUUUCCUGUGAAUGAAAUACACUUUUGUAAUUAGCACUUUCAAAUAAAGAUACUAAAUAUACAGACCCUUUCCAAAGAAAUAGGAUAUCAAGUAAAAGUUAUUUAUCUAUUUCCAUCUUUUUUCUUUCUCUUUUUUUCCUCCAAAACUGACGUAAAUGGGGAUUUCUUCACAGUAUUCCAAUUUUUUGAAUUUCUGUUUUUGUGGGUUUUAUGAGCUGGAAGCCCAAAUUACGUCAAAAUAGACAAAUAAAUACUUGAAAUCGUUAAAUUGUGGGCCCUGAAUCUAUAAUCUAUGAAAGCUUAACUUUUUGAAUGGAAUUUGGAAACAGAAAAACUUUUCCAUGAUAUUCUAAUGUUUUGGAAAGGGUCUGUAUCUUUCUUAUUGUGGCGGUGAGCUGCUCUGAAGUCAACUGACUCUGCUCCUGACGACCCUUCUAUCCGGCUCUGUGAUUGGUUGUGACACGGCAUCACAUGACAGACGACACCAGGAAGUGUUUUGGUUACACAAGGCGGAAGCGUACAAUUUCCAAAACCUAAAAGUGUUUUUCGGAGGAAAACAUCGUUGACGAGAAGCAUUACGUUUUCGGGUGUCGACUCCCCGAACGUCGUGGACUUUAGUUCUCGCUGCUGGUAAGAACAACAACGUGCUGUGGUUUAGAUUUUGGUGUUUAUACUCGUUAGCUGAGGCUAGCAGCGUUGGCCCGUCUCGUCCUUAUUGCAGAUAGCUUUGAAGCUAACACGCAGCUGAUCUGUUUUUGUCCUGCUGGCCGAUCAAAGUUAACGUCGGCAGGUUUAGCAGGCUGGUCAAGAAAUCAGAUGGCCAGCACCUUGUCACUGUUGUGUCUUAAGUUAAGAUGGCUAAGCUGUAAGUUUUGGUUUGUUAGCUGAUGAUUUGCCCUCAGAUAAAUAAUAACAAACAAAGCAGGGUGAUCCAAGUCAAUCUACAGGGAACUUUACAACCAUGCUAAGUCUCUGACAUCCAUCAUGCUUUUAUGUUUACAAGUUUGAACUUCUUACACAUGGUUGAGUCUAAGAUGUAACGUUUGAAAUGAUAGUUUUUGUCGAUUACUAGUUUAGGCGCUGAUGUAACACUACAUAGUCUGGAGUAGUGGCAUCAUAUUAAAUUUAACAGAGAUUAUUUUCUUUCUUUUUUUUCUCCCAAAAUGUUUUUAUUGAAAAAUACAAUGAGAUAUUUCCAAGUGCUGGGAUACAGUUAACUUUUUCUUAUAUUUGAUACAUAUAUCAAUCAAUCAAUCAAUCAAUCAAUCAAUCAGUCUUAAUUUAUAUAGCACUUUCAUAUUCAACAUGUAGCACAAAGUGCUUCACACAGAAAAAGGAACAAAAGAAACAAAGAAUACCCAAAAUUACCCCAACCCAAGAUUAAAAGGAUACCCAAAUCAACCUCAGCCCAGCCCUUCAUUCCCACCCCACGAUCUAAAUGCAACAGAAACAUUAUUAAAAUACAUAAACUUAAAAAGGGCUGAGGAAACGUCAUUUAAAACUCAAGAUAAGGAAACACUGGAGGUUUAGGUUAAAAUCUAAAAUCAAAUUAACAAAGAUCGAAAUUUAAGAAAUGAUAAAUAAAAUGAAAUGAAAACAACAGUAAAAGAUACUAAAAUAAGAGCACCAAAAUAGCUCAAUAAAAGACGAUCCUGUGAUGAAAACUAGAAUAGAUAAAUGCUAAAACACUUAAACAGAGUUAAUGAUAUAAAAUUUAGUUAAAAGCAAGACGAAAAAGGUACGUUUUCAGUUUGCUUUAAAAUCUUUAAGAUUAGGUGCAGUCCUCAGGUCUUCAAGUAAGCUGUUCCAUAGAUGGGGCCAUAGUAAUAAAAAGAUGCCUCACCAUAUGUAAACAGUCACAUAUACACAUACAAAAAAAACAACAACCGAAAAAAUAAACUAGUGUACAGCCCCCCACUCAUGCCCCAACUCGGCUCACCACAACCAACACGAACACACAUUCGAUUGGUCAUUCAUGCAAUAUAAAGUAUACCACAGUAAUAGGCAGAAAUUCAAUCAGGUAGUACCUCUAAAUUAGUGAAACAGGAAAUGAAAGGUUGCCAUUUGUGAAAGAAUAUGACUCUACAUCCUCUUAAUGUACAUUUAAUUUUCUCAAAACACAUUACGUAUUUGAGCCACCGGUAAAUAGAGGAUAUUUAGCAGACUUCCAAUGUAACAUUAAUAAACGUCUUGCAACUAAGGAUGUGAAAGCUAAAAUAUCCUUUUGUGUAGAGUUGAGUACAAGUGAGGGGUCAGGAAUCCCAAAUAUAGCAAUCUGAGGGCAAGGUCGGAGAUUUACGCCAAGAACAGAGAUUAUUUUUAAUACAUGAAUUUUUUUCCCCCAAACCUUUAUUUCAAUUCUUCAGCAAUGACAAAUACAUAUUAUUGAACAUAGGGUAGCUACAUUCAUUUGAAAGGAAUCAAGACUUUGCAGAAAAAAAAGGUUGCAGUCCUAGUCCACUACAACUGCUGCUUAGUACAUUGAAUAAAUUGUUCUAAUGUAGUAGAAGUAAAUAACAUUCAAAAUGUAAAAAAAAAACACUUUACUUUAAUUACAUUUGUUUCCUUUGUUUCCUUUUUUUAGGAUAGACCUGGUCACCUCUCCACUACCAUUUUAA